AUGGAACAAGGUUUCUCGUUGGUACCAAAAAAAGAGGAAGAUGAAUUAGGAGAAGAAUAUAGAAAUGAGAAAUCUGCAGAAGAGAUGAGUCAUUUGUCAACAAAUAUGAUGAAGAAAGUGACCUCCAUGGCUGCUCCAAUGGUGGCUGUGGCUGUUUCUCAGUACCUCCUUCAAGUUAUCUCCAUAGUUAUGGCUGGUCACUUGGACCAGCUCUCUCUCUCCAGCGUCGCUAUCGCCACUUCUCUUACCAACGUCACUGGCUUUAGCCUCAUCUUUGGAUUGGCAGGUGCGUUAGAAACACUAUGUGGUCAAGCUUUUGGUGCAGAGCAAUUUAGGAAAAUCAGUGCAUACACUUACAGCUCAAUGAUCUGUCUUCUCUUGUUCUGUUUUCCAAUCUCUCUUUUGUGGGUUUUCAUGGACAAACUCUUAAAGCUUUUCCAUCAAGAUCCUCUCAUCUCUCAAUUAGCUUGUAGAUACUCGAUCUGGCUCAUACCGGCUUUAUUCGGAUACGCUGUUCUUCAAUCUAUGUCUCGAUAUUUCCAGUCACAAGGAUUGGUUCUUCCUCUCUUCUUGAGCUCUCUUGGAGCUCUCUGUUUUCACAUUCCCUUUUGUUGGCUUCUUGUCUACAAACUAAGAUUUGGAAUCGUUGGGGCCGCUUUGUCCAUCGGUUUUUCAUAUUGGUUAAACGUUGGCUUGCUUUGGAUUUUUAUGAGAGACUCUGCUCUGUAUCGCCACUCCAGGAAUCUUCGGGCGCAAGAAAUCUUCUUGACCAUGAAGCAGUUUUUUGCCCUCGCGAUUCCCACUGCAAUGAUGACUUGCCUGGAAUGGUGGUCGUUUGAGCUUCUUAUACUAAUGUCUGGACUCUUACCGAACUCAAAGCUAGAAACAUCGGUGUUAUCCAUUUGCCUGACAAUGUCGUCUCUGCAUUAUGUUUUGGUGUCUGGAAUAGGAGCAGCCGCGAGCACACAUGUCUCGAACGAGUUAGGAGCUGGAAAUCCAAAGGCAGCUCAAGCCGCGGCUAACUCUGCGAUUUUCCUUGGUGCUAUUGAUGCUGCCAUAGUAAGCAUCACUCUCUAUAGCAACCGAAAAAAUUGGGCUUAUAUAUACAGCAAGGAGAGUGAAGUGGCUCACUAUGUAACUCAAAUCACACCCAUUCUGUGCUUAUCCAUUGGUGUUGACAGCAUUCUCGCCGUGCUCUCAGGAGUUGCUAGAGGAACAGGGUGGCAACAUAUAGGAGCAUAUGCAAACAUAGGAUCAUAUUAUCUGGUCGGAAUUCCGGUGGGUUCGAUCUUGUGUUUCAAUGUGAAAUUGAGAGGGAAAGGACUAUGGAUCGGUAUAUUGAUAGGCUCUACACUACAAACGAUUGUUCUUUCUCUUGUCACUUUCUUCACCAAUUGGGAACAAGAGGCAGCGAAAGCUAGAGACAAGGUAAUCGAGCUGACACCACAAGGCAACCAAGAAACAGAAAGCAUAUUAGAAGAGGAUGUACAAGUUUUAUUACAGGAUGUUUCAGAAAAUGUGUAAGACGCUUAACAUGAAUCAUGAUGUUGUUCUUGUCAAAUUUUAUGAAAUCUUGAU